UUCCCAUAACACUGUAUCAGCUCAAAUUCACACUCGCUGCGCUACUCUUAUCGCCGGCGCCGGCGCCGGCGCCGCCUUCUUAUCUUAGCGCAACAUUGGGCCUCAUCAAGCCCGUUCAAGGGCCCGAAAUGAUUACAGUAAAGCCCGAAUGGUAGGUUGUAACUUCAAAGUUCAUGAACAAAUGGUCUCGGUUUUGUGCUACGUAACACUACUUAUUGUGGCCCUGGCACCAAAGCCAACAACUAGCCUAUUCAGUGCCAGCCUUGAAAGACUCCACUUGUGGGAUUUUUUCACUAGAGGUAUUCAUUUACUACAACACAAAUAGUUUAAGAAGGUUCAGAUUGAAGCAAACAAAUGACAGAUAUGUUGUCUCGUGGAGCUUAACCAAAGUCCACGUCUGACUGCCAUUUGUGUGGAGCAUUUCUGGUGGCGGAAAAACAUGCUACCAUAGUUUUCCUGCCAAACGAAAGGGCUAUGGCUUCUGCUUCAUUCCUUUCAACAAUCGGCAAAAGGCUAGAGGGGAAAGUAGCAAUUGUAACCGGAGGAGCUAGUGGUAUCGGUGAAGCAAUUGCAAAGCUCUUCUCUGAACAUGGAGCCAAAGUGGUCAUUGCUGAUGUCCAGGAUGAACUCGGCAACUCAGUCAUCAACGCCCUUGGCGACUCAUCCAACUCCAUUUACAUCCACUGUGACGUCACAAACGAAGACCAAGUCCAAGAAGCUGUCAACAGAACCAUCGCCACAUUUGGAAAACUCGACAUCAUGAUCUGCAAUGCUGGCAUAUGCGACGAGACCAAGCCAAGAAUCAUCGACAACACAAAAGCAGAUUUUGAACGAGUCCUUAGCAUCAACAUAACAGGAGUUUUCUUGAGCAUGAAGCAUGCCGCUCGAGUCAUGGUCCCGACACGUAGCGGCUGCAUCAUAUCCACCGCUAGUGUAAGCUCCACGGUUGGAGCUGCAGCAUCACAUGCAUACUGCAGCUCCAAACACGCCGUGUUGGGGCUUACCAAGAACCUAGCGGUGGAACUAGGACAAUUCGGUAUACGUGUGAAUUGCUUGUCACCAUACGCGAUGGUCACGCCAAUGGCGACAAAGAUCAUUGGACUUGAAAAUGAAGAGCUUGAGAACGCGAUGAGCGCGAUUGGGAACCUUAAAGGUGCUACUCUGAAGGUGGAUGAUGUUGCAAAAGCAGCAUUGUUCUUAGCAAGUGAUGAUGCCCAGUAUAUCAGUGGGCACAAUCUAUUCAUUGAUGGGGGAUUCACUGUGUCUAAUCCAGGACUAGGCAUGUUCAAGUAUCCAGAAUCUUGAUAUAUGGGAUUUCAUUCAAUUCUUUUUAUAUACAAGUAUAACAACAACAACAACCUUUGUGUAAUCCCGCAAGUUGAGUUUGGGGAGAGUGUGAUGUACUGUGUACGUUCACCUCACUCCUACCUUUAUAGGAUAGAGAGGUUGUUUAUGAUACACUUGUAUUAUUAUGGAAAUACUAAGAUAUGAUUUUAGAAUUGAAGAUAUUCAUCGUUACCCAGUACAGAACGUACGCUAAUACGAUAUUUUUCGUUA